AAAAUGUCACGAUUACUAGUUUUUAGGAAUUAAUAGGCCGAACGGUUUAAAAUCUAUCAGUUCAGCGUUGUUUAACCAUGUGUGAAAAUGAAUUUGGUAUAUUUUAAUUUUUCCUUGAUUCUACAUAUUUAAUUCUUGCGACUGGAAUAAAACUAGCCCGAACGGUCCCCUAAAUUGACGUCAGCGACAAUUCGAGAGUUUGACGUAUCUCGACAUACAGCCUAUCGAAAAAGCUUUAUACUGUCACUUGGAUUUUUUAGUCCGAGAACCAGUUGGAUCGGCGUUGCGCAAUAGUUCAGAGCGCAGUAGAUAUUUCCAUUAUUAUUUACAUAAAUAUCAUUUGUAUAAUGCACAGUAACCUCAUUAAACUGACGUGCAUGAAUACAGUUAAAUGAACAAACGAACGUUUAUUGCGCCGCAAAUUAAUAAUAAACUUGAAACGCGUCUAAGUAUUAUAUAAGCAUUACGUAUUAAUAUCGUGUAAUAGAAAGAUAAAAAUAGCAAAUAAAUUCAACGUGAAAUGUUGUUAACAGGACAUAUAAAAAAAAUUGUUCUUUACAUUAACUUGUAUUUAUCUAUUGUCUCGUAGGAGAAAAUAGAACAUCGCUGUAACGAGAAAAUUGUCCUGCUCCACAAUGUUGCACUUUCGUGAAUUGUUCUAUUUGCCAUGCCAUGAUCUGAGAUCGUGAGUCACGCUCUGUCACUUUUGCCGAUUUAUUCGCGACCGCGAAACGUAAAGCCAUUUGCAGUUGUGGCAAGAACUGCAAUUAGAACCCUCUCUUUUUUUUUCUGCACCGCAACAUCGUGUCGCUCACGAAAACAACGCGUGAUCAUAUGCAAAUCCGUUGCGUAUCCUAAUUAUAGCAUGGCGAUUCCAUUCGCUCAUAACGAUAAUAUCGAAAUCAACACGGCAAAAACAUUCCAAUAAUUCAAUCCUGUUUACAGUGUAAAAAAAAGACUGGAGGCUUUUCUAAGCGAACGCGAUCGACAUGUUAUUACGUGCCAUCGGUAAAUGACUGAUUCCCCGCAUGGUGAAAGUUCGAGAAUAUGGAGCGCAAUUAUGACAAAUGCCUUGUUUAUGGCAAGUGUUAUUUUCUGCAUUGUAAUCGCGUUUUGCGCGAGCGAGCUUAGAUCUGGAGCUCUAACAACUUCAAAUAAUGCACAUAUAAUUGUAUAAUAACUGGCUAUUAUAUAGACUAUUACGACAUUUGUAGACAUAAAUUAAAUUUACUUUAUAUCACGGAACACAAAAUGAAUUUUUCAUUUAAUGCCAUAUGAGAUACAGAUGUAAAUUAUGUCACGUAAAGCUUACUUAUAAUAAUUACUAUAACGUAUAUUAUGUUACGUUAUCAAACUGCUGAUUGCAAGAAAGUAUUGCGAAAUUUCUGAUAACAGCGGUUAACAAUCCGGAAUUAAAAAUUACUCUCUUUACCGGUGCUUCAUUUAGAAUGCGGCGCAACGUCUUUGUUGCAAUCAUGAUUGAUGGAAACUCGCGUAUAAUUACGCCAAAGGUGCGAGGAGGCGUACGCGUUCGGCGUGACGCAAAACUUUCUCGCGGUCAACAAACUUUUCGCGAUAACCGAUAAGUAGUCAUCAAGGUGAAAACGAUUAGAUAAGUGUGCAGAAUUCUUCUGACGAGCGUGCGUAGAUCAUAGAUGUGCGCGAGUUCGUUUCGGAGACAGCAAGACGUUCAGUUUCGACGGAAGAUGAAAUACGAAUUCCUCUUAAACGCUUACAGCAUUGGCAUUUCCUAACUAAAUUACUGAGAUUAUGAUUCUCACGAAUUUGAGAUAAGAAUGUUGAAAUAACGAAAUUAAAAUUCACCGGACGCUCUCAUGGAAAAUACCUGGCGCUGUUGGAGACUAAUUUGAAUACGAUUCACACGCGGCUCGAUAAUAUCAUUAUAAACUCUACGUUGCGAGGGGCUCGUCUCGGCUGCGAGCAGCUCGACGAUAAAUGCCGUAGCGUGAGGUGGAAUUUCUGGCUCUUCGACUGAUUAUCAGUGGCAGCCAUGCCUAUUAAUGUGGCCGUGCCUACGCGGAUAGUCGCGCUCGAUUGGUCCGGGAGUCAGUAAACAUGUUUUUUUGUACCACACCGAUCUUUUAUCGUCAUCGUCGUCUAAGGACGACUGCGUUUAUAUAAAACGGGAGAGUGCUACGGAAACACUGUAUUUCACGUCAAGAGAAGAGACGUCGUGUCUUCCAGAGAGAAGGACUGGCACCAUGAAGGACGAGCUCAAGUAUCUCCCUGGAUUUGGCUGCGAAUUCUCCAGCGAGGAUGUGCGUUGUCCAGGAGCGCUGCCCAUUGGGCAGAACAACCCGCAGAAAUGUCCAUAUGGUCUUUAUGCAGAACAAUUGUCGGGCACAGCGUUCACUGCUCCGCGAAGUCAAAACAAAAGAUCUUGGUUGUAUCGGAUGAGACCAUCUGUACUGCACAAACCGUUUAAACCCUUCACUAAAGCUCACGGUGCCGAAUCUUAUGUAAGAAACGAUUGGAACGAGACUUAUCCCAAUCCCAACCAGCUAAGAUGGAAGACUUUUGACGUCCCGACUCGAAGAGAUCCCGAAGUCGAUUUUAUUGACGGUCUUCACACUCUGUGCGGUGCCGGCGAUCCUAAGAUGCGCCAGGGCGUUGCGGUGCACGUGUAUCUGUGCAACGCUUCUAUGAAAGACAGAGCUUUCUACAAUGCUGAUGGUGAUUUUCUUAUCGUGCCACAGUUGGGCGAACUACAGAUUACUACCGAGUUCGGUAAGAUACGAUGCGAGCCGAAUGAAAUAUGCGUCCUUCAGCAGGGAAUGCGAUUCUCUAUAACUGUCUUCGGCCCGACAAGGGGUUACAUCCUCGAAGUUUUCGACAAUCACUUCCAGCUGCCAGAGUUGGGUCCAAUAGGAGCGAAUGGGCUGGCGAAUCCGAGAGACUUUCAGACACCAGUGGCCUGGUACGAGGAUCGCGAGAUCGAUUACGAAAUCGUGUGCAAAUAUCAGGGAAAACUAUUCGUGGCCGAUCAAGGUCACAGUCCUUUCGACGUGGUUGCGUGGCAUGGGAAUUAUGCGCCGUACAAAUACGAUCUCAAUAAGUUUAUGGUCAUUAAUUCCGUCUCUUUUGAUCACUGCGAUCCAUCCAUUUUCACGGUACUGACGUGUCCUACUAACAAGCCUGGAACCGCCGCGGCCGAUUUUGUGAUCUUUCCACCCCGAUGGUCCGUUCAAGAGCACACUUUCCGACCCCCUUACUAUCACCGAAACUGUAUGAGCGAAUUUAUGGGAUUGAUAAAGGGUCGUUACGAGGCAAAGGAAGAUGGUUUUUCUGCCGGUGGUGCAUCGCUGCAUUCUAUCAUGACUCCACACGGUCCCGACAAGCAAUGCUUCGAUGCCGCGUCCAAGAGCGAGCUAGUGCCAGAACGGAUCGCUGACGACACGCAGGCAUUUAUGUUUGAAACUUCAUAUAGCAUGGCUGUGACAGAAUGGGCUAACAAGCUUUGCAAGCUGGACAAUGAAUAUUACAAAUGCUGGCAGACUCUACAGAAGCAUUUUGAUCCCAACAAUAAGUAGAUCAAAGAUGCUCAAUGGGACGAUCAAAUCCGUCUUCAUUUUUUCAACAUGUUUACGAGAAAGACGAUCUGUUAUCAGUUCCAAGAUAAAUUUUUGGCACAACUUUACUUGCCGCAAAAAAAAUCGUAAGACCAUUCUUUUUGAACAGUUUAUUUUAGAAACUUUGUGUCAUCUUUGAGAAGAGAAAAAAAUAUUAUCUUGCUGAUUUAAUUUGACGAUAAGAAGAAAACAGACAUCAAAGAGUUUUCUCUUUCAAUAGCGGCGUUUUCAAGAGUGUUUUAAAUAUUUUUUUAUUAUUAAACUAUUAUUAUAUUACCGGCAAACAAGUCUUAAUAUUUUUGCUAUUGAAGGAGUACGCGUUGCGAUUUUUUCUCCUUCGGUCACCUUUUCAUGGUAUGUCGUAUCCAUAAAGAUAUCGUGUAAUACUGCAAAGUUAUCUGGUGCGUGUAGCGGGGACUGAUUAUAAAUUCGCCAACAUUGCAUUCGUAUGAGAAAUGUUACCGGGUGCAAAGAACUUUUAAUCGCAUCUACUGGUUACUGAGUUCUCGAUAUGCAAUUUGACGAAAGUAUGUUAAACUAUGCAUAACUGAUAUUGGAAGGUACUAAAACUUAUUUUGAUGUUAAAAAGUACUAAAUUUUACUUUCUUAUAACGCUUAGAUAUAUACUUAUAAAAAUUUAUUAACUAUCAUACUUUAUAUUACGAUUAGUGAUAGUUAAUUAAAUAUAUUACUCAAUUAUUAAUUAUGUUUUCAAAAUGUGCCAUGUAAUUAUAAAACAAUUUUUUUAAAAGACAAAUGAUUAAAUCCAUGAGAUAAAAACUAGACAAAAUUAAUGAGAAAAAUGAUUGAAAAAUCAGUGUUUCCCAAUAUAAAAGUAAAAUUGGUCAGUUUGGCUUCUGAGACGCACAAAUAUUUCUUUAAUUAAUCAAUGAAUUGUAUUGAAUUAGUAAGUUUAUAAGAUUUAACUUAGUAAUUAAAUAAUUAAUUUUUAUAUAAUCAGAAAAUAACUUAUCUGUAACAUUCGUGAGAAUUAUGAGCAACUGUUGCAUUUUGUGAAUAUUAAUAACUGCGCGACUAUUAUCAUAAAAUCUAUACAAAUUCUUCAAAAUGAGGUAUGUUUUUCUGAAUAACUCUAAUAUUUAGAUAAUCUUUUUUAAAUAUAUUGUAUCUAUAAAUAAUUUAAAUGUAUCUACAUCUAUUAUAUUAAUUUUGCACGAGCAAUGAAUUAAAUAAUACUUUUAGAAUCUUCCAAGUAAUUUUAUUAUAUUUAUUUUUGUAGAAUUAAAUAUUUUAUUGUUUUAAUAAAGAACUCGUAUUUUACGAAGAUUCUCUCUUUCAGCUAAAUUAAAAAGAUUUGUAUAAAACAAUUAAAUCUUUUUACUUUAACUCGAAAAGAGCAGAGUAAUCUUUUUGACAAAUAAAAGAUUUUUAUUAAAUCGAUAAAAUAUAUACUUAGUUCUAUAGAAAAAUAAUGUUAGAAUAAUAGAGUAUGUAAUUUUUCUGAUAAAAGAUUGACAUCAAUUUGUAAAAAGUUUACGAUUUAAAAUGAUAUUGCAGCUGUAUAUAUAAUUUACGUUCACAGCAACGUAAUUCGUGAUGAGAUUACAAAUCUCGUCUUAUCUGAUUAUAAGAUCUAACGUCCGCAUAAACGUUCGUGAAAUCCUUUUACCGAUCAAGACAAAGCGUCAUAUUAUUGUAUCCAAUGUAUCUCAACUGCGCUAAUUGAUUGUCUACGAUAAUAAUUCUUUUAAAUAAACGCUUUAUACUUCUGUAAUAAAAUUGUUCAUAAAAUAAAAUAAAAUAGUAUGUUUCUUUCUU